UCAUUCGCAAGGCGCUAGCGAGAACCAAAAAUGUCGAUCACAGAUACUUGCUUCUUUUUCGCAAUAGCCUCAAAUUUAUUUUCCGGUAUAACUCCGGAAGAGUUUAAGCUCGAGUACCAAUGGACCCACAUCAACUAUACCUGGACGUCCAGGUUCCAGUACCAAGAUGCAGUGAGUAGUGAAAAAUACAUCCCGGAGAAUAUUUUCCCGACUGGUGUGAAAUUUCACGGUGACAGAUUGUUCUUAGCCACCCCUAGCUACAGAAAAGGCGUCCCCUUCACUCUAAGUUACGUGCUGCGUAGCGCAAAAGACAAGACGAACACACCUUUGAUCCCGUUUCCAAAUGCUGUGCUUCACAGGGAGAACAACUGUUCCUAUCUUCAGAAUGUGCAGACUCUGGAGAUAGACCGGAAAGGAAUCAUGUGGGUAUUGGACGGAGUCAGAAUGUCCGGCACUACCAAUUGUCCUGGAAAGCUCCAGCAAUUCGAUCUGAACAGGGGCGGAGUCUUGAUUCACACUUAUGUUUUCCCAGACGAAAUAUGUCUCCGCGAUGGCUGUUUGUUGAACGAUUUGGUAGUCGAUGAUGAGGAUCAUAUUUACAUAACCGACGCUUCCAAUAUAGAUCCUGGUCUGGUGGUAUAUUGCCGCACCGACAAUAAGGCUUGGAAGUUCAGAGAUAGCUCCAUGUUUCCGCAGAAGGACGGUCCCAAGUAUUCCAUCGACAAUUAUCCUGUGCUGAUUCCUGCUCCGAUAGACGGUAUUGCCUUGUCUCCUAUUCCUGGGGAUAAGUUGAAGAAAAGCAGGGUUGUCUACUAUUGCCCGUUGACGGGAUAUGACUUGUUCAGUGUGGCUGCAGAUAUCCUCCGAAACGAAACCCUGCACCACAGCGGCCUCUUCAGAAACUACAUUGUUCGAGUGGGGAAGAAACAGGGCGCAACAGAUGGCAUGAUGAUGGACAACAAAGGAAACUUGUAUUACUCCCUCACUUCCCACAACGCCGUGGGAAGAUGGAAUAUCCACGAACCCUUCGACCAAUCCGAGGUCAUCUACAGAAACAACAGAACCUUAAUAUGGCCGGACGCUUUCGGCAUGGACCAGAAAGGUUAUCUGUAUGUCAUGGCCAACCGAGCUUUCGACUAUCUCGCACCGAACGUUGAACUCAACUUCACCUCGGAAAUCAAGUUCAGGAUAUUCAAGUAUUACACUGGCAGUAGGAGUUAUUUGUAUCCGAAUUUUUGAAUUUUUCGCGUUUUUGAGCCAUUCCUCGAAGUUUUAAAAUAACAUAAUUGCGAAAUUA